AUGCCCAGGCAAACAGCAGUGACGAUCACUUUGGCGACUCUGCUGGGUGUUGCAGUGGGGGGCCUGGUUUUGUGGAAGGCAACCCAGCGUCGUAAAGGAAAAGCAUGCUGUAGUAGUCAGCAGGAGGAAGCAGUUAUACACUCCGGAGAUGAGAAACUUAUUAAAGCAGAGGAUAAGGAGGUGCUUUCCUUCUUCAGAUCUCCCACCUUUUCCUGGGUAGAGAGGACCCUUGGUGCAGACAUAGUGAUAGUUUCAGAGCAGGAGGAGUGGGAUCGUGUUGAACCUUUGCUGAAGAAGGAGCUGGAGAAGUGGCCAGUGCUUGGAAUUGAUUGUGAGUGGGUAUCUGUGGAAGGAAAAGCAAGUCCUGUAUCCCUCAUGCAGAUGGCUUCUUCCAGUGGCUUCUGCGUUCUUGUUCGGUUGCCCAGACUUGUUGCCGGUGGACAGACUAUCCCAAAGACCCUGUUGGACAUCAUGGCAGAUAGCACUGUGCUGAAGGUUGGGGUAGGAUGCUGGGAAGACGCUUGCAAGUUACUUCAUGAUUAUGGUCUUCCAGUCAAAGGGAACGUGGAUCUCCGGUAUUUAGCCAUGAGGCAGCGGAAGGAUCUACUUCACAACUGCCUUAGCCUGAAGUCUUUAGCUGAAAAGGUCCUGAACUGCCCACUUGACAAGUCUCCUCAUGUGCGUUGCAGCAACUGGGAGGCAGAAGAGUUGACGCAAGAUCAGGUUCUUUAUGCUGCUAGGGAUGCCCAGGUCUCAGUGGCUCUGUUCCUCCAUUUGUUGGGGUUUGCCAGCCUUCCUGCUCCAUCUGAAGGUGAAAACUCUGAUUCUGUUUGGGAGAAAGCACUGGGCAAAUGCCGGGGCUUGGUGGAUAUCCCAUUUAGAGGAAGAAAGAGUGGCAGCACAGGAGAGGAGAAGAGUGGGGAGGGACGCUCGCCUCAGAAAACAAAGAAUCGGAAAUCAGUGAAUGGGCAACCCUCCGGCAGUCAGCAAGUGAGAGAUCCACGGAGGCAGAAGCGAAAGCCUCUGGGCGUGGGAUACUCUGCAAGAAAAUCUCCACUGUAUGACAACUGCUUCCUGCAUGCACCAGAUGGGCAGCCUCUGUGCACUUGUGAUCGCAAGAAGGCUCAGUGGUAUCUGGACAAGGGGAUUGGAGAGCUAGUUAGCACGGACCCAUUUGUUGUGAAGCUGCGGUUUGAGCCUUCAGGACGUCCCGAGUCUCAAGUGGAUUAUUACCUGACAGUCAAAGAGAACCUGUGCGUUGUAUGUGGCAAGCGAGAGUCCUAUAUCCGGAAGAACAUUGUUCCUCAUGAGUACCGAAGACACUUCCCCAUCCAGAUGAAGGACCACAACUCCCAUGACGUGCUCCUACUCUGCACCUCCUGCCAUGCCAUCUCCAAUUACUAUGACAACCUUCUCAAGCAGCAGCUGGCUGAGGAGUUUGGUGCCCCCAUUGGCUCCGAGGAAGGCGUGCGUCUGCUGGAGGACCCUCUGCGCAGGCAAGUGCGCUCUGGAGCUCGAGCCCUGCUGAAUGCAGAGAGCCUGCCUGACCCCCGAAGGGCAGAACUUCUGCAGAGCAUCAAGGACUUCUUUAACACAGAGGCAAUCACCCCAGAGAUGCUCCAGGAAGCAGCUGAUCUGGAAACCAGGAUCUGCAAUGAGAGCUACGUGCCACAUGGACUGAAGGUGGUGCAGUGCUCUGCUAAAGGAGGCCUGCGCUCCCUCAUGCAGUUGGAGAGACGCUGGCGGCAGCACUUCUUGGACAGCAUGCAGCCCAAGCACCUCCCGGAGCAGUGGUCGGUGGAUCAUAACCACAUGAAGCUGAUCCGAAAGUAUGGGGAGGAUCUUCAGAUCGAACUGUCGUGAGACUGACUUCCUGGACUCUAGGUGGGGUCUAAUGGAUAUAUUGGAACUGAAGGUGGAAGGACUUGUUGUUUCUCUGACUCCACUAACAUCUGGGCCUGGGUUUGCAAACUGGCAGCAGUGGAUCUGCCAAACUGGACGUUCACAGAAUCACUCGGUUG